GGUGAUUUCAUGUCUUGCGGUUUGCAGUCUCGGGGAUGAUGGAGCUGCUGAGUUUGUUGUCCGUCAAGCAAACCAAGCACAAGAUCGAUGCAGGUGCUGGCUCCGUGGUACGACGCCAUGCCCAGGUGCCAUAUACAUACCAACUUCUGCUUUCUUUUCUAUGGUUUUUCAGGCUUAACUGUUUUAUUUUUCUUUCAUGUUUCUGUCAGGACCGCCCCCACCAGGAUGCACGGAAAGUCCCAGUUCAAGCCCAAAGGCGAGUCCAACUCCAAAGACCAGCCCAACACCAAGCCCAUCUCCAAAGACGAGCCCAACACCAAGCUUAUCUCCAGAGACCAGCCCCGCUCCAAGCCCAUCACCUCCAAAGACCAGCCCCGCUCCAAAUCCAACUCCAAAGGCCAGUCCCAAGGCAUCAGGAGGGAAAGAUCAUCACUCUGCGACUCCAUAAGCACACGGCAUGACUCCACGGAAUAAGCCAGUGCGUCUCAGGGGACCUUAAUCUACGGCUCUCAUGACUUUAAAGAGCUUUGUAUUGUAUUGUGUUGUUCUUGUCCUGAGAAUAAAAGAAUGCCUAGAACUUGUACA